AAGCUGUACAUUUUAAUGAAAAGUAUAAGAUAGAAUGCUCUUUUAUAAUUACAAAAAUUUACUAUCCGAUUUGUUUGUCCUGAAACAAUUUAUUUAAAUUCAAUUUUUUCUCUUGUCAUCGGGUUGUAAAGUUGGGAUAUUAUUUUUAAUGAGUUUUGGAACGCAGUUAACAUUGAAGUAGAGUUUUAUCCCCAGAAACUGUAUCGUAUAAUCCCUAGAAAUCGUUCCCAAGAUCUCAAAUGGACGGAGAAUUGUGCGUGACCAAUCUCCAUGUUGGAUAAAAAAAAAGAGAAAAUUGAAAUAACGGUGCAAGAACACACCUAUCGUAAGAUUCGUAAGAUGCAGGAGCAGCGUGACGAACCAUGGACAAUUCUUGAUUUUGUCUUCAGUCUUCAUCAAUCUUCAUUGACACUGAAUGAUGUUUCGAUAAAAUUGAAUCAAGCAUUCAUGUACACUUAAAAAUUUUGUAAUUAAUUUUCUUUAUUAUACCUGUACUAACAGUGUAUUAUAUAUUAAUUAUUGUUAUAAAUAUACUCGUAUGUAUUAUUUAUUCGUACAACGAUGGAGAAGGAAAGAUUUACUAUGCUUCUUUUGGAACCAGGAGAAAUAUUUUUUGAAGAUUAUAGUGUUCAGAUGAAAAGGCUAGAUGCUCCAUUUUUUGAAAACAAAAAUUGGAUGGAUGGGAGAUUAAAAUUGUGCUCUAAAUCUUUAGUAUUUGUAAAUAAAGAUAUUAAUCAGCCACUAAUUAAGAUUCAGCUUAAAGAAACUACAUCGAUAGAGCAAUGUACAUUGAGCAAUGAUAUAGUAAGUAAUAUGCUGUCAAUAGAAUGUAAGCAACAUGUGGAAAUGCUGGAGAAAAAUGUAUUGGCACCAUAUAAAUUUAUACACCAGAAUACCAUGUUCCACUUUUGUUUCAAUUAUGCAAAAGUAGAAGAUUGUCUUUCGCAAAUUCUACAGUUGCAUAGAGCAGCGAGUUUAGUUACUGUUGAACAAAAUGCUAUGAUUAUGGCUAUUGUACACUCUAGACAGUCACGUGUAUCUUUUGAUACAUCGUGGCUUGAGGAUUUAUAUGAACAAGUGGUCCUGGAGACACAAGCGAACAAAGUAUUACCACUUGUGAUAAAUCCAGGCAGAGUAUUAUUGACCAAUUCAAGAAUUUAUUUUCAACCUUAUAAUAAUAUGGAUCAGCAUCCUGUCCUUAAGAUCCAAUUGAAAGAUAUACGAAAUAUUAUAAAAAGGAGAUUUUUAUUGCGACAAGUGGGUCUUGAAAUUAAGUGGGUACGACAAAUUGACAGCAUCGAACAUUUAUUUUUAUCAUUUCAAAAUCAAGAUGACAGAGAUACACUAUAUGAAAAUUUACUUAAACAAUCGGCAGUUUCUCUUGAGACUGUACCACAAAAUCAAAUGACAAUGAGAUGGCAAAAUGGAUACAUAUCGAAUUAUGAUUAUAUUUUAUAUGUAAAUAGUUUGGCCGAUAGAACAUUUCACGAUUUGACACAAUAUCCGGUGUUGCCUUGGAUUAUACAAGAUUAUAUUUCUACAACAUUAGAUUUAAAUGAUAUUAAUGUUUAUAGAGAUCUUUCAAAACCUAUUGGCGCAUUAAAUCCUAGUCGUCUAGAAAAGCUAAAAGAACGAUAUUCGGAAAUGUCUGAUCCAAAGUUUUUAUAUGGUUCUCAUUAUAGUGCACCAGGUUUUGUACUAUUUUACUUAGUACGAAAAUAUCCUCAAUAUAUGCUCUGUCUUCAAAACGGAAGAUUUGAUCAUCCGGAUAGAAUGUUCAACAGUAUAGCCGACGUGUGGAAAAAUGUUUUGGUGAACAUGUCUGACUUUAAAGAACUGAUACCGGAGUUUUAUGACAUGGGCAAUGGUGGUGACUUUCUAGUGAAUAAUUAUGGUAUCGAUUUUGGCUAUCGGCAUGAUGGUACAAAAAUAGGCGAUGUACAACUACCUCCUUGGGCAAAAGGGCCAGCCGAUUUUGUACAACAAUUGAGAAAUGCUUUAGAGAGUGAUUACGUUUCUCAAAAUCUUCAUCAUUGGAUUGAUUUAAUUUUUGGCUAUAAACAAAGAGGAAUUGAAGCUGACAAAGCUGAUAAUGUAUUCUUCCAUUUGUGCUAUGAAGGAGCAGUAGAUUUAGAUACUAUACGAGAUAUAAAUGACAGACAUGGACUUGAAGUACAAAUUAUGGAGUUUGGUCAAAUACCAAAACAAGUUUUUACUUUACCUCACCCCAAACGUUUGACACCAGCUCUAAAUUUAUUAUGUAGCGAAACAUUAUUGACUUCACAAGAAUCAAUGACUUCAAGCAGUACAUGUGUAAAAGAAAAGUCAAUUAAUUUUACUAAAUUAGUAGUGUUUCAAGCGCACAAAGACUGUGUCACAAGUAUUGUACGAAAGAAUACAACGAGUAACGACAUUAUAUCCGUAGGGCAAGAUGGAAUGCUUAAAUUAUAUAACAUAAACGAAAAGAAACUGACACGCAGUGUUACCUUAUCCUCGUUGUCGUUGUCAUCUUGUAUCUCGUAUUAUACACUAUCGCAACGUAACAUUCUUGUAGCAGGAUCAUGGGACAAUACAUUGAUAUUUUAUGAUAUCGAAUUUGGCAGAGUAAUCGAUGUUUUGCAAGGACAUGAAGACGCUGUAUCGUGUUUAGCGUGGAGCUCUACUCAUCAAGUGAUUAUAUCUGGAUCAUGGGAUUGUACUGCAAAAGUUUGGCAUGGAUACACUUCUGGAUCAAAAAUUAAGCCUGCGGAAUGUUUUAUCGCACAAUUAGAUCAUGACUCCAAAGUAACUUGUAUUAAUAUAUCGAAAGACGAUACUAUGUUGGUAUCUGCUACAGAAGAUGGUGAAUUAUGUUUAUGGAGCAUGAAUAGUUAUAAUUUACAAGCUACUAUUAAAGGCCAUACAUGCAGAGUAAACGCAGUAACAUUCGAUGAACAAUGCAGCAGUGUGAUAUCAUGCGCAGAAGAUAAAGUAUUAAAUAUAAUUGAUGUUCGAACAAGUACACAGAUAUAUUCCAUCAGUUUAGAAAGCGAACCAUUGACAUUAACGUGGAUGGGAACGUUCUUGUUGAUAGGUGAUAACGAUGGAAAUCUUAAUAUGUGGAAUCAUCAAGAGGCUGUAUUUGUCUCGCAAAUACAUUGUCAUGAUGGACCGCUUUGCGCCUUAGCUGUAGCAGCUGAUAGUAAUUUAAUAAUAACAGGUGGAAAAGACAGGAAAGUCAUUGUAUGGGAAUAUCACGAUCACUGACACAGUAUUACAAAUUAUAUACUAUUACUAUUAGUGUAUAAAGAAAAUUUUAUGUAAAUAGAAUGUAGUUCUAUAUAACAUAAUAUUUUAUUACUUAUAUUUGUUAUAUACAAUUGUUAUAUACUACAAUCUAAGAUACAGCAUAACAUGUUCAAAGUGAUUGGAAAGGAAAGUUAAAAAAUUUAGAAGCAUAUGAUGCUUGUAAAAAAAUAUCUACAACAAUAAUGCUCAUAAUUUCAUUGAUAUUUUCUUUAAGUUACCCCAUAUUAGAUUCGUAACAUGUACAAAUUUCGUAACAUACACAAAUUUCUAAUUUUCUGAAAUUUGUAUGUACUUCAUAUUCCAGAGAAACAUAAAAAAAGAUUCCUUUUUUUAAAUUAUA